CGACGAGGUGUCCCGGAGCUCAGGCGGAUCGCCCGAGCUCCGCCCGCUUCCGCCGCUGGCGCGGCAGUGCGCGCCGGCGCCGUCGAGGAGCCCCGGCGCGGCCUCCCCGUCGUCCGGAGAGGAAGAAUUCUACUCGCCGCGGGGCUCAUCAACAAAGACCUCGAGCUCGCGCAGGACUCUGGCGACGGCAGUGCAGGCGGCCCUUGAGGCGCGAGACCGCUCUAGGACUCCGUCCCCUGGGUCGGUCCUGAGCACGCCGUCGUACCCAUCUUCGCCGGGGGCGACGCUGUCGCCCGCGCCCGCCUCGCCGCCUGCCUUUUCCAGCCCAGGCGAGUCCGGCCGCCGCUCCGUCAAGUCAAGAUCGGAAAGCGCGCGCGUCGUCGUCCUCCCGCCGGUUCCUCCGACUCCGCCCCCGCCUCCUCCCUUCGCACCGACACUGCCACCACCGCCACCUCCUCGCCGGAAACCACCGUCCCCAUCGCCCCCGUGCUCUCCACUAAACGACAAACCAGCUCUCAGAUCCAGCACCGACACCAUCGAAAGAAACCCGUUCGCCCAGCCACCGUCCCUACCGACGAGCACACACCCGCCACGGCCACCUCCGGCUGCAGGACCGCCGCCACCACCUCCUCCUCCGCCGCCGCCGCCGGUGGGCUACUGGGAGAGCCGUGUCCGCAAGCCCGACACGUCCAAAGAAACCCGUUCGCCGGCACUGUCGCCGCCAAGCUUCAGGAGCGUCCCUGCGCCCACCGACGCGUUCCCAAGCUGGCUGCCCGAGAGCUCCGAGCAAGGCGACAAGUCCGAGGACACGACGCCACGGCCGAAGCUGAAGCCGCUGCACUGGGACAAGGUCCGGGCCAGCUCUGACCGCGUCAUGGUGUGGGAUCAGCUCAAGUCCAGCUCAUUCCAGGUGAACGAGGAGAUGAUCGAGACGCUGUUCAUUUGCAAUCCAGCCAAUGCGCCGGCCAAGGAGGCGACUAGGAGGCCCGUGCUGCCGACGCCCAAGGCCGAGAACAAGGUGCUAGAUCCGAAGAAGGCGCAGAACAUUGCCAUCUUGCUGCGCGCGCUGAAUGUUACCAAGGAAGAGGUCAGCGACGCGCUCUGUGAAGGUAACACGGAGAACUUUGGAGCGGAUUUACUGGAGACCUUGCUGAAGAUGGCUCCCACUAAGGAAGAGGAGAUUAAACUGAGAGAAUUCAAAGAGGAGUCUUCUCCAGUUAAGCUUAACCCAGCUGAGAAGUUCCUCAAGGCAGUGCUCGAUGUGCCUUUUGCCUUCAAGAGAGUCGAUGCGAUGCUUUACAUAGCGAACUUCGAUGCAGAGGUCAAUUACCUCAAGAAGUCGUUCGAGACCCUUGAGGCUGCUUGUGAUGAGCUGAGAAGCAGCAGGCUAUUUCUUAAGCUACUGGAAGCGGUUCUGAAGACCGGCAACAGGAUGAAUGUUGGCACAAACCGUGGGGACGCACACGCGUUCAAGCUCGACACUCUGCUGAAACUGGUGGAUGUCAAAGGCACCGAUGGGCACACGACCCUUCUGCACUUCGUGGUACAGGAGAUGAUCCGGACGGAGGGCGCCCGUGUGUCCGCCAGCACCCAGACAACUCCAAGAACCCAGGCGAACCCUCUACGAGAGGAGCUGGAGUGCAAGAGGCUAGGUCUCCGGGUAGUGGGCGGCCUCGCCAGCGAGCUGGGCAACGUGAAGAAGGCGGCGGCCAUGGACUCGGACGUGCUGAGCAGCUACGUCGCCAAACUCGCGGGAGGGAUCGAGAAGGUGACCGAGGUGCUGCGGCUGAACGAGGAGGUCAAGUCGAGGGACGACGCGUGGCAGUUCCACGACAGGAUGCAGAGGUUCCUGAAGAAGGCGGACGACGAGAUCAUCCGGGUGCAGUGCCAGGAGAGCGUGGCGCUGUCGCUGGUGAAGGAGAUCACCGAGUACUUCCACGGCGACUCCGCCAAGGAGGAGGCGCACCCUUUCCGGAUCUUCAUGGUCGUGAGGGACUUCCUGGCGGUGCUGGACCAGGUCUGCAAGGAGGUGGGCAGGAUCAACGAGCGCACCAUCGCCAGCUCCGCGCGCCACUUCCCGGUGCCCGUGAACCCGAUGAUGCCGCAGCUGUUCCCGCGGCUGCACGCGCUGAGAGCCGGGUUCUCCGACGACGAGAGCUCAGCCGCUUCGGUGUCGUCGCCAUGACCGAUCGAUCGCUGGUAGUCGUUGUUAGUCUGCCAACAUGAUUUUUUGUUCGCGCGGACCGUCGGUGGUAGAAGAACACCGCGCCAGGCGGUAGAGGGGGAUUCGAGUGGUAGCGGGCUGUCCCUUUUUUUUUUCCUUCUUCUUCUUCUUCUUCUCACCUUUUGUACCUGUAGAUUAUAUAGAAUGUACAAUGUUUUUUUUUUGUUGUUGUUGCAAAUAUUUAUUUUUAUAUAUAAGAAGGGAUACAAAUCUAGAUCAGAAGAGGAAAUAAGCAGUUCGUAUGUG